CACUGGGACCGCCGUCCUCGUAGAAACAACGCUACGCGACGUAGCUCGUGAUUGAAGGGGAAACUACUCUUAGUACUUUCAUCAUGGCCGGCGUAAAGAUAGUCAAAGAUGUGGCGGAGUUUGACAACCUUCUUGUCAGUGCAAGAAGCCAAUUAGUUGUGGUUCACUUCUGGGCCGACUGGGCACCACAGUGUAACCAGAUGGAUGAUGUGAUGAAGGAACUUGCUCGUGACAUGCAGUUUGUCAAUGUUAUCUUUAUGAAGGUGGCAGCAGAAGACCUGGCAGAUGUUUCACAUCGAUACCAAAUUGUUGCUGUUCCAACUUUCAUUUUCAUUAAGGAUAAAGUUCAGAUUGAUAGGCUUGAUGGAGCAAAAGCUGCAGAACUGACAGAGAAGGUGGGAAAACAUGCCACUGCUUUGCCCAAACAAGAUCCUCAGCCAAUUACUGGAUCUUCACUUGCUCAGGACUUGAAUACAAGACUAAAGAACCUGAUUAAUUCUGCCCCUGUUAUAUUAUUUAUGAAAGGAAGUGCAGAACAGCCACGCUGUGGGUUUAGCCGACAGAUUGUGGAGCUCCUGAAUCAGCAAAAUAUCAAGUACAGCACCUUUGAUAUCCUGGCAGACGAAGAAGUUCGGCAAGGACUGAAGGCAUACUCCAAUUGGCCAACUUUCCCACAGCUGUAUGUUAAUGGAGAGCUAAUAGGUGGGCUUGACAUUGUUAAGGAGAUGGUAGAGUCUGGAGAGUUGAAGUCCAUCUUGCCUGCUUCUGUUGAUCUGAAUGCAAGGUUGAAAGAUCUCACAAACAGGGCUUCAGUCAUGCUGUUUAUGAAGGGAAGUCCAGAAAAUCCUCGCUGUGGCUUCAGCAAAACCAUGGUGGGGAUUCUGAAUGAAACAGGAGUGAAAUAUGACACAUUUGAUAUUCUUGCUGAUGAGGAGGUUCGACAGGGGCUGAAAGCAUUCUCAAACUGGCCCACCUAUCCCCAGCUUUAUGUGAAGGGAGAACUACUUGGUGGGCUAGAUAUUAUCAAGGAGAUGAAAGAAAAUGGAGAACUACAGGAUGCUCUGAAAUCAUGAUCAACAUGGCGAAGCUGAUAAAGUGAUGAGGGAGUUGACUUUGUGAUGUACCAAUCAUCACUUCAAACAGAGACUGGACUAUUGUUUUCAUUCACUUCUUAUCUAGAGUGUUUAAGGUUGUGGAGGGGAUGGAAGAAACAGGAUGUUUCAUUCGGUCCUAAACUCUUUAAGUGCUCAGCAUUUGCUGCUUACCAGCAGCUAAUCUUGAAGUUAUCUUUAAAAUUUUCUAUUCAGUUAUCUCCUAUUGCAUAGAAGAAGUGCUGCAAUCCAAAUCAGAUUAAACUCUCUGUGGUGUUGCAUAGAAAUGUAUUAAAUCAGAAUUGUUAAGAAGGCUUGGUCUGAUUUAGAGAAUAUAAUUCCCAAUGCAAAUAUAGGGGUUUUAGUUUGUUAUUAUGGGACCUUUUACUAUGACCAGGUCCAGUCUGUAAUUUUCCUGUUUUUGAUUUUGAUAGCAUGACACAUGAGAGUGGUAACCACAUAUACGUGUCAGUCUUUGAAUGUACUGAAAAACAGAUUGGAUUAUUUUUGUGUAAAUAUAUGUAGGAACAUAUUACCUGACUGUAAAAGCUGUUGCUGAAGGUGUACAUGUGUCAUUUUAUCUCCUGUUGAGUUUUCUUUACACACAACUGUUUCUAUCUCUCAGUUUACAACACUGCACCUAGAAACAAAUGCAGACAGGUGCUUUCUUAGGCUUCCAGUCAAUUUGAUCAUUUACAAAUUCUGGGAUUCAGCCGCACAUGCACCAGUCACUUUAAUCAUGACUCAACCUCAGAACAAUAUACAAGGGGAAAAAAACAUCUAUGUUUCAAAUGAAAGCAUAAAGCUUUCAAAAUGUGAAAACUGAUUUAUAUUGACACUCCCAGAGCAAGAUGUAAGUGUGUGAACCAAAAGGGGGGAAAAAACAUCAAAAUUCACUUAUUUCGUGGCCGAAAUACCGCAUAGUGAUGAUUUAAUCGAAUCGACUUAGCGCUGUGAUAGAAUUGACUUGUUGAGUUAAAUCGACUAGCCUUCCCCCCAUUCUUACUUCCAGGAACGCCGCAAUGUGUCCAUUGAAUGACCCCUCAUUAAGUGCACUGUGCACUCUCUGAUGGUAGACAUGUCUUUGUUUUGAACAAGUUGUGUAGCUUGUAAAAUCUGAAAGAUCACUCCCUCUGUAGACACGCAAACACUAAUACAUUAAUACCUAGCAGAACUAUAUACCGUACUCUUGACCCACACAGCCAGUCAGCGCGGCCUAAGUGGAACACAGGUCACCCACUCCUAUCCUUAUUCUUUCUACAGAUAGGGAUUUGGAUAGAACAUAGCGGAUGUGGAGGUCAUCACACAUGCUAGUGCUCCACGCGCAACAUGCAUGUGUUAAAAACAAGUUUAUAGAAGUAGAGACAUGGUUGUCAACUGCCGUUCUAGACGGAUGUUUUCACAUAGACAAACAUGACAGAAUUCUCACCCUGCACCCCUAUUGUCACGAUAUCUAAAAUUAAGAUCGAAACGGGAAGAUAUGAGAUUUUUAAUAAUACAAUUUUUUUAAGGUAAACAAAAUCAACAACAGGACCCACUUUGUCCUCCAUUUGAAGAAUAAAUGUCUCUCCCUCCUUCUACUCACCUCCCCGUGAUAAAGAGACGUUCUCUCUCCUCACUUUUUAUAUCUCUCAGGCUGCUUUUGUUUUAUACCGCCUGAAAAGCAACAUAUUUGUUUUCUUCGACAUCUUGUUUACUUACGAUUUAUUAUUAUUUAUGCAGUUUUCCCAUUGCUAUCAGCAGACUCCAUUUUCUACAUCCCUCGUGAUGGAGCAAAGGUCAAAACAAUAAAGUGCAGUGGAGUUUUUUCUCA